UGAAGAAUUUAUCAUAAUAAUUUAUAUUGAAUUUAAUUUCGACUAUGAAGAUAAGGAAGGUAUUUAUGUAGGCGAAAAUUAUAAAGAAAAAUUUGCUGAAGGAGAAAUGGUUAUGGAAAAGCUUCCAUAUGGUAAUUUUGAAGUUGUAAUAAAUCUACCAGCAGAAUAA